GAUGCCUGACACUCAAUUCCUUUCAGUUUGAGGUCAAUAUGUCGACCCGUUAGUGGGUGAAAACAACGAGGGGAAAUCUGUGUUUUCUCUUCACAAAAUUGACGAAAGGCUCUGUAAACAGACCCAACUAUAAUGUUGUCUCCAGACAAGAUAUCUUGCUAACAUCUGGCAUGAGCUGGGUGUGUGAGUUCGCAUAUGGACGCUCAAUCUGACGAGCCGGCGGGGGGUAGUAAACGCAGGCGCGCUGCAGGGGUCAUCACAUCACCACAGCAGUCUAGUGUCUUGGGAGAUUUUCCACCUGCCACAAAACCCCGUCGGGGGAGGAAGCCGAAACAGAAGAAAGAAAAGCCCACGUCACCAGAUCGGCAGCUAGAAACAUAUCAGGGAUCUUCUUCAAAGUCCCCCAAAGUUGAACUUGAUCCUUCCAAGGAAGAUCCAAAGUCUCCCUUGAUUGUCCACCUGGUGGAGACUACCUCGAGCACAGGGAAGGGCAAAGGAAAGUCCAAGGGCAAACAAAGGUCAUUGCGGCCUCGGAAAUCUCAGAGUUUGCCUGUAGAUUUUGACAAAUCAGCCGUUUCAAGGCUCAGCCCAACUGAGGCUUUUGAAGAUUCCACUGAACACUGUCCAGCUGUGUCGAGGAAGGGGAAGGGGAAAAAGAGAAAGUUAUCUGGAGAGCAAGAAACGUCCAUUGGUUCUACAAGUUGGUCUGGUGGGGGAGUUGAAGAGCAGGGAAAAGGAGGUGGAAAAAGGAAAAGGAAGAGUUCAGAGGCCUCUAAGAAAUUGAAAAAAGACAAGCAGGCGAAAGCUUCAUCUGCUCUUGACUUUGACACACUUGACUUGUACAGUGAUCUUGAAGACUUUGUGGAAGAAUUUGAGGAUCUUUUGUCCACGAAACCACCCACGCCUAAGAAACGUUGUCUCCGCUCAUCAUCUAACGAGGAGAAAGAGACCAGUCCAGUCAACAGUGCUGGCCCUUCUUCUAAUAAAGUCUCUCCGACUUCAACGAAAAAGUCAUCAGAGGGUGGUUCUGGCAAAAAGACAACAAGCAAAUCAGGGAAAUCCAGUAGCAAGAAAAAGACGAAGGGAGAAAAAUCAUCUUUGAAAGGAAGCACAACUUCCAGAAAAACGGGAUCUUGUGCUAGCAGCAGUGGGCGUCAGUCGUCUACAGCAAACCGAGGGUCAGGAAGAGCAGGGGCCAGCCGCAGCUCUGUGGUGGCUGCAAGGGAGAGGUCGGAGAUAGGCAAGAGCAGCAGCAGCGGCGGCAGCAGCAGCAACCCGGCCACUGUGAGCACAGCAGCCUCCAGCAUGUCCAGUCCUGGUCAACAACAGCAACAGCAGCAGCAGCAACCACAGCAGGACAGCAGUGGAAGCAGUGGUGGUGGCGGCAGUGGUAACGGCAGGCCCAGAGAUGGGGGUGGAGGAGCAGGACGGACAGGGGCUGUGGCGCAGUCAGAAGACUCGGGAUCAGGUAUGCCCCUCGGAGCUGUAGGAGGCGCAGGUCCAGACAAUGACAACGAUGAGUCGGAGAUGAACCGACUACAAGCUUUACUGGAAGCAAGAGGCUUGCCAUCCCAUCUGUUCGGAGCCCUCGGGCCUCGAAUGCAUCAGCUGCUGCACAGAACUAUGAGUGGAGGAACCAUGACCAAGGUCCAGCACUUGCUGCAAGGUCUACAGGCCACUGGUGAUGAAGCCCAGCAGCUGUCUGCCGUCAUGGAGAUGUGCCAGAUCCUGGUGAUGGGCAAUGAGGACAGCCUGGUGGGUUUCCCCAUCAAGCAGGUGGUGCCCGCCCUCAUCCAGCUGCUGCAGAUGGAGCACAACUUUGAAAUGAUGAUCCACGCCAGCCGGGCGCUCACCUACAUGAUGGAGGCCUUGCCGCGCUCGUCAGCCUCUGUGGUGGAAGGGGUGGCUGUCUUCUUGGAGAAGCUGCAAGUCAUAAACUGUAUUGACGUGGCUGAGCAGUCUCUGUCAGCAUUGGAAACUCUCUCUAAGAGGCAUGGGAAAGCAAUCUUGCAGGCUGGAGGAAUUUCUGCCUGCUUGAUGUUCUUGGACUUCUUCAGCAUCAUUGCCCAGCGGCGAGCCCUGACUAUCACAGCCAACUGUGUGCAGUCCAUGUCUGCCGAUGAGUUCCACUACAUGAGGGACUCGCUGUCUCUCCUCAGUGGCCGGCUCAAUCACUCUGACAGCAAGUCUGUUGAGAGUGUUUGCCUAUGCUUUGCCCGCCUUGUGGACAACUUUCAAAACGAUCAGAGAUUGCUGAAAGAAAUUGCUGUUCACGACCUGCUGACCAACAUUCAGCAACUGCUUGUAAUGAGCCCGCCUGUCAUCAGCACCAGUGUGUUCGUCACAGUGGUCAGGAUGUUAGUGGUCAUGUGCUCAAACUGUCCAGAUCUGGCCGUCAUACUGCUCAAACAGAAAAUUGCUGAGACUUUGAGGUAUCUCUUGACGGGCUCCUCAGAGACCACUGACCAGUGCUUUGAGCUUGUCUCCCGUACACCCCAGGAGUUCUUUGAGAUUGUCAGCCUUAUCGGUGAACUGCUGCCCCGGCUGCCAACUGACGGGCUCUUCUCUGUCAACGCCUUGCUGCGUAAAGGAGGGACAAUCAGCCAGGACGGGGCUUUCUGGCAGUGGCAGGAUGACCGAGGGCUCUGGCACCUGUACACACCCAUCGACAACAAGAUUGUUGAGGCAGCGUAUCAGGCUGGUGAGGAGGAGGUGAGCUUAUCCACCAUGGGCCGCUCCUACCUGCUAGAUUUCAACUCCAUGCAGCAGAUCAACGAAGACACAGGGACGGCCAGGCCAGUGGUGCGGAAAGUCAACAGCCUGGGUCCGGCAGGACAGAAUACCUCUGGGGAUCCCUCUGGCCAAGUGGACCCAAACGUGGAGCGCUGUGACUCACGAGCAGAGAUUCUCAAGGAAGACCAGGAACUGGCCUCUAGCUUCAUACAGACGCUCUUCGCUGUCCUGUAUGAGGUGUACAGCUCUUCUGCUGGCCCCAAUAUUCGCCACAAGUGCCUUCAGACCAUUCUCAGAAUGAUCUACUACUGCAACCCAGAGCUGCUGAAGGAAGUCUUGGGCACACAGGCUGUAUCCAGUCAACUUGCCUGCAUGCUGGGCUCACCAGAUCUGAAAGUGGUUGUGGGUGCCAUCCAGAUGGCUAACAUUCUGAUGCAGAAGUUGCCGGAUGUGUUCAGCGUCUAUUUCAGAAGAGAGGGGGUGAUGCAUCAGAUACAGAAACUGGCCAGCGAUGACAGCGCCCUGCCCGGCUCUCCCACCAAGUCCACGGCCCCCUCCCCUCCAGGCACCUCCCCCAUCCUGGGCUCAGCCCUGGACGCCAGCUGCCCGGCUGUCCCGUUACCCAUACCCAAGAUAGACGCCCCGGAUGCCGGAGAGGGAGGAGGGGCGGAGGAGUUGAGCUCACCCAGCAGUGGCGCCUCUCCACACAUCGAAGAGCCCUGCGCCUCGUCGGCACAUAUGAAACUGAGUGAUGUCUUGAAGAGAAAGAGGCCACCCAGGAGAGGCCCGACCAAAAAAGGAAGCAAGUCGGAAGAUCCAGCCUCCUCUGAGCCUUCCCCUAAGGGAGUGAGUCUCCUGCUGGGCCGCGGAAGAGGAAAGUCAGCUUCUGGCAAAGACGCGAGAUCCAGCUCAUCUGGGUCCAAAAUUCCAUUCUUGACCACUCUGAACCCCAGGUCUUGGGGCAGGACGGGCAGCUCGGCAGACAGACAGGCAUCCAUGAAGGAGAUGUUGUCACACAAACAGUUGCCUCCCCCUGUCGUGGUCAACAAGGAGAAAGUCAGAACCUGGAUCAAAGAACAAUGUAAACUGUUUAUGGAGAAAUAUUUCUCAGCCGAUAUACACGGAGACUCCCACCCAGCGCUGGACAUGCUCAAACGACUUUCUUCUGCUACCGAACGUCUUUCACCACAGGGCGACAGUGGUAUAGAUCGCUUGCUCGAGAUCGCUGCCAUCGUGAGGGAGAGCGACAUCUCUCCAUUUGAAGUGAUCCACAGCGGGCUCAUCGGCACGCUGCUUCAGUACUUGUCCAGCACCUCGGGCGAUGUCAUGAGGGACAUUCGCAUCCGCCGAUUUCUUCACGUCUUCCUCUGUUGCCCGCCUCCCAGCGUGACGUACAUGAAGGAACCACCUAGUGACAAGGACAGAACGCCAGCUUUGUCCUUCCUGGUGUCCAAACUCAUGGCCUGCUUACAUCAGCUGGAGCAGUUUCAGGUCAAAGUUCACGACCUACCUGGUGGGGGAAGUGGCAGCAGUCGCGGGGGCAACGCCCUCAAGUUCUUCACUACACACCAGUUAAAGUGCCAGCUUCAGAGACACCCAGCGUGCACGUCGCUGAAGCAGUGGAAGGGAGGCCCUGUGAAGAUUGAUCCACUAGCCCUCGUGCAAGCCAUAGAGAAAUACUUAUUAGUCAGGGGUUUUGGGAAAACUAGGGAGGGUAUGGAUGAGGAUCUUAGCGACGACGACAACUCUGACGAGGAGAUGGAGGAACAGAUGGCCUCCAUCGUGAUCUCGGCCACGUCGCCGCGGCACAGGCUCGAGUUCCUCAUCGGCGACCAUGUGCUGCCCUACAACAUGACGGUCUACCAGGCGGUCAAGCAGUACGUGUGCCACGGGGGCACAGAGGUCGGGGAUCUCAGCGACGGCGACACAGACACACCCUUUGGAAACACCAGUCUCUGGGUGCAGACACACACCAUAUGGUACAGACCAGCAAGUGAGCAAGAAGAAAACAUGGUGACCAGCCCCAAGAAGACUAAAGCUGAAUCGAAGAGCUCCAAGGUGUCAAAAAAGAAAGACUCCCGAGCCAGCAGCCCCAUGUCCCAGCCCGUCCUUCAGAGUUUUCUGUCAGAGAAGCUGCCGGCCUCCGUGACUGUCGAGGACGCCUCGCUGGAGACUGUGGCUCUGCUCCGAGUGCUCCACGCCCUCAAUAGGCACUGGGCCUCUAUGUAUGAUGUGUCAUUUCUGCCGUCCCCCGUCCUGCCCCCCGCAGAGUUCAUCAGCAGUAAGCUGACAGCCAAGGCCAACAGACAGCUGCAGGACCCUCUCAUCAUCAUGACGGGGAACCUGCCCAAUUGGCUGCCUGAGAUAGGACAGGCCGCGCCCUUCUUGUUCCCCUUUGACACGAGACAGAUGUUGUUCUUUGCCACGACCUUUGACCGCGACCGCGCUGUCUUGAGGCUGCAGCAGGAUCAGGCGGGAGAAAGUUCAUCGCACGACAACGAGAGGGUGGGCCCACGCCUAGACCGCAAGAGAAGAGAGGUGAGCCGUAAAGACAUCUUGAAACAGGCGGAGAAAGUGAUGGAAGACAUGAGUGGUUCGGCCAGCGCACGGACCAUGCUGGAGAUACAUUAUGAGAAUGAGGUUGGCACAGGCCUAGGCCCCACCCUGGAGUUCUACGCCCUGGUGUCAAAGGAGCUCCAGCGCAGUGACCUGGAGCUGUGGCGAGGAGACACGGUGACGGCCACUUCCCCGGCUGACCCAAAUGUCAAGUUGGACUACACGCAGUCCGCCUGCGGCCUGUUCCCAGCUCCCUUGCACAGAGGCUCAAAGGCCACGCACGUCAACAAGGUCAAGGCCAGGUUCAAGUUUUUGGGGAAAUUCAUGGCCAAGGCUCUCAUGGAUUCCAGAAUGCUUGACCUCCCCCUGAGCCGCGUGUUCUACAAGUGGAUGCUGGGCAUGGAGCACUCCCUGACCUCCAGUGACCUCUUCCACGUGGAUCGCGUCCUGGCCCGCUCCUUCCAACAGCUAGAGGACAUUGUCCACCAGAAGAAACAGAUCUGUAGUGACAAGGCACUGACGGAGGAAUGCAGGAAGCAAGCCCUGUCCAACCUGACCAUGGAUGGCUGCUCCCUGGAAGACCUUGACCUUUACUACGUCCUGCCUGGCAAUCAGAACAUCGAGCUGUGUAAAGGGGGCCGUGACAUACAAGUCAACAUCGACAAUCUAGAGGAAUAUCUGCAGCUUGUACUUCACUGGAGCCUAGUGGAGGGGAUCAGCCGACAGUUUGAGGCAUUCCGGGAGGGCUUUGAGGCGUUAUUCCCUCUCUCCACUCUGCACUGCUUUUAUCCUGAGGAGCUAGAGCAGCUGUUCUGCGGCAACAGUGCCGAGGUGUGGGACGUGAGGAUGCUGACAGACUGCUGCCGGCCCGAUCACGGCUACACGCACGACUCGCAGGCUGUGCGCUUCCUGUUCCAGGUCCUCAGCAGCUACACGGUCACAGAGCAGAGAGACUUCCUGCAGUUUGUCACCGGCUCCCCGAGGCUGCCUGUCGGAGGUUUCCGCAGCCUGAACCCUCCCCUGACUAUCGUACGCAAGUCCCCGGAAGGCACGGACGACCCCGACGUGUACCUGCCAUCUGUGAUGACCUGUGUGAACUAUCUGAAACUGCCCGACUACUCCAAGGUGGAGGUGAUGAGAGAGAGGCUGGGAACAGCUGCCAGGGAGGGCCAACUGUCAUUCCAUCUGUCCUAGUACCCACCCUCUUUGUUACUUUUGUUUGUAUGUGGUUGGGGGGAGGGGGGUGUUUGGUGUCUGGGUGGGUCCACUUGGGGGAGGGUGUGAGUGUGGGUGUAUGUUGGUGAGGGUUUGUAUGCGGAUCUUUGUGGGUGAGCCUGCACGUUUAGGUGUAGUUUUGUGUGUGUGUUUGUGUGAGGAUCUAUGUGAACGAGUGUGUGUUUUUGUUGGGCGCCCAUAUAUGUUUUGUGAAGUAUGCAGUGGUGAACAUGUAGUGGGUCAUGAGAUUUUUCUAUAUCGUCAUCUUGUUUUUUCUGAGAUCUUGUUCACGAUUCUAAGGUUAUUGAGAAAAUUUCUUCGAGUUCUGUAUUUGAAACUUUCUCUCUGUAAGAAUUUUACAAAUGAGCAAGAACUGAUAGUUAACACUUAUGAUAUAUACCAAAAGGUCAUGGCCCCCUCCAAAUUUUCUUUUCUAAUUUUUGCACUACUGUGUGUGUGUGUUGAGAAUACAGUCGCAAUUGUCCAAGAUGACCACCCGUUGUUAAGGAGAAAAGUGGUUGUCUUAGACUGAUGGACAACGUGGGUAGUGUCAUUAUGAUAUUUUAACAAAUGAAAUGGGGGGAAAUGGUUGUUUGUACGGGUGAUUGUCUUGGACAGGUGGCUGUUAGAACAGGUUUGACUGUACGUUGUUGUGUGACUUUGGAGUAUUUGUAAACCCAGGUGCGUGUGUCUGUGCAGACUGACUGACAUUCGGUUUGAAUUUAUUACAGAAUGUGCCCACCUACAUGACUGAAGUUUUCUGUCCAAGAACUGGGCUCCACUCGUAUUUCACCGUGUGACUCACCGUGUCGUUUAAAUUUGACAAGGAAAUCUCUCUGAAGGUUUUCUCAUGUUGUAGUAGUGUUAAGGGGCAAAUGAUGUGCGAAGGGCUGAACCUCUGACUGGGCAGGUGGGUGGGCUUGUUGUGGGGAAUUCCCUCACAACACUGGUGGAACCGAACACUGUAGAUUCAUUGCUAUAGAAGAGGGGACGGUUAGAGAGACAUCAUCCAAGGUCAGCUGACUGGUGGUGAGACGCGGAAUGUCUUUUGUCGCUUCCGAACAGUGACGGUGGUUUUACUGCUAGUAGAGAAAACUGAACCCUCCACGCGGCGGCUGCGAUACUCUCUUGUCUGUCCAUCAUCUCUAUAUGAAUGAGGAAGUUGUGUGUUCUACCUUUGUGUUUUAUUAUCUACUUCUUGAAAGUGUUCCAGGUUACUCGUGGUCCUCCUAGGGGGAAGUCACUGCCUGUGUCCUGUAUAACAGUUUAACGUUUCAAGCUGGUGGAUUGUUGAAGGGGGGCGGGGGGGAUAGUUUGCCCUUUCUGCUGGUGUGCCAAAGUUGAGAGUAGGGUGUGCGUUUUGUGGAGUGAGACGUCUUAUUGGGAGGAGUGGCGUUGAAGUAGUGUUCUAGUGUUUUUUCCUUCUCAGGUUUUCAAUGACACCUAUUGAGGAUGAAGUUUUUCAGGUUGCCAUUUUUAUUGUGUGUGAUGAUAAGUAAUAAAUAUGACAUGGAGUGUGGUGGCGAGUGUGCACCCUAGGUGAAGGUGUAUGUGCUCUCUUUUGUGUCCACGGCUCUUGUGUACAGAAUAGUUUCUUUCAGAUCUUGGUUUUUUAAAGCAACCACUUUUCAUGGCUUUACAGAGCAUGCUUCUGAAAUGUGAGUGUUGUUUUUGUAUAUGAGUAUGCAUCAUCAACAGCUUUAACAGGUCGUUUGUAGACCUAUAAGUGAUGCUGUCUAAGGUAUAAUUGGAAGUAUGGCACUAAUAUUGAAGUGCUAAAAUAGUAGUAGAGUAGUUAUUUAUAGCGCUUGAGGGGGGGUGGGGGGUGCCUAGUAACACUUUUGUAUUCUCCUGUGACUGCUUUUAUAUAUUCAGAGACUAGUGUCAGAAAUACAAUAAUAAAGGGGGCAUUAGGUCUGUGUGGUGAGCUAAACUUUCUUUCAGUCAACCAGGAAGACGACUCGAUUCUGUUUAUCUUUGACCACAUGAGCAAAAUAUGAUGGUAAAAUGAAAACCUCUAUGUUGUGUGAAAAUUUGUUUUUAUGAACUAGCAAUAUCAAAUAAAAACUGGUGUUGAUCGGAGUGGAUUCUUGCAAACUUCGAGGUGGGGUGGUCGGUUAAGAUUGACACACAUGUUUAAGACUGGUACGUCUCGAUUUUACGUUCUGACGUGUGCCUCAGCGAUGGGGAGACUUCAUCGCUGAGAGAGAGAGAGAGAGAGAGAGAGAGCAAAAAAAAAGCAUAUCUUUUGUUCCGUGUUUUUUUGUCUAAUUUUAGAUGUUGUGAUGGAUAGCGUUUUCAAGGACUAGUGAUUACUUCCUUAGAGGGUUUGUUUCAUUUUUUAAAUUUGUUUUUUUGGUGAGUUUCAUUGAGUUUGGUUGUUUAUUUUUAAUGAAAAUGGAGUUGUUCUUUUUUUUUUCUCUUUCUCCUGUGGUAGAGACUGGCUGGUGCACUGACACGCACAAGGCUGGCAGUCUGUCUCUACACACAUACACACAUCUCCUACACACCUCAAUCUACAUUUGUUUCUAACAAAGGUUCAUAUUACAGAAAAACAAAGUACUGACCCUAUUUUUGCCUUAUGUGUUUGAAGAAAAAAUUAAAAGUCCUAGAAACAUGUA